AUGUGGGUCUUGGCUACAACUCCUACAGUUAAGAGCUUUUUCACUGGUAGCUUGAUAUUUACCUAUAUAAUUUUAUGUGUUGGUUCUCUACUGUUUAUAAAUGAAAUUUUAGGAUGGAUUGGGUCCUAUAAAAGAGGGACUUGCCUUAUGAAAUUUUAUUUGGUUCUUUCUGUGCUAACAAUCUCUGCUGAAGUAGGUGGCAUUGUUGCUUUGAAUGUUUUGAGCAUGAAGAUGACAGAUGUAUUGAGCACAGCAUGGAGUGAAGUAAACCAAAUAACAAAAAAUGUUGUUCAAGAACAUUUUGAAUGCUGCGGUUUCCUCGGACCCCAAGAGUUUGCUGAUACAACGGAUCCUAUUGAUGACAGCUGUUACUACACGGUUAUGUCGGACGAAGAUGCAUCUGUUGUACAAAUGCGGACUUUGAAUAGGAUGGGGUGUAAAGAAAAGUUGGUCGACUGGUUUUAUAGAAAUAAGUUAUUUGGAUCGCCAGUUUGGGAGAAUUGGUUAUUAUUGCAGGUGACUGUUGUCUUAUUCGCAGUUUGCGUCAUCAAUCAAUUGGACAAUCACAUUGGCUUUUUGAUUGCUUACAUUAUAUGUACACUUUCCAUUAUCACCUUUGCAUUCCUUUAA